AUGUCAAUUAUUCGAGAUUUCAUAUUAAAUACGGCUGAACACUUUUAUGACAUACCUAAGUUAAGGUUAAAUGAUGAGGCUGAAAAGGCUUUAUUUGAAUUUAUAAAUGAUACACAAACAUUUCUGCUUCAAAGUUCUGUGAAUGAUUCAACUUUACAUCUAAGCACAAAAAUACAGUGUAAUGUGCAAAAAUCAAUUAUAUUUUAUAAGACAUCAUCAUUGGAUAUAUCAAAACAAGACAAAAUAAAUAAUGUCAACAUGAUAACUUUGACUACAGGAGCUGCAGAAUCCUUAUACCACAUUUUGAGACAAAUAUUUAGCCCUCUGUUAACAUUGGGUGAUGAUUUGUAUACAAACAAGUUACAAAAGAAUCUUUUAGAUCUGGAAACGAAUCUGAGAGUAUUGACACAUGGUAAAAAUAAUGGGAAUAUAAAUGUAAUUUUAUCGAUUGAAGAUGAAAUUAAUUAUUGGAAAUCAAUGGCAGAAAAAACAGAUGCAUCGAAAAAAGAGAGAGAGGCUGCGUCGAAUUUUUGUGUACUGUUUGAAGAUGUUUUUGAGGAAAUCAGGUCAAUGCAAGCAAACCCUGUUUACGAGUUUAGAGAUAAUGCAGAGAACAUCGGUGGUUUGCUGGAUGAUAUUUGGCGGUAUACUGUGUUGCCAUACUCCCAAGACAGAAUGUUACACAUUUUCGACAUAAUAGGACAUGUAAUUUGCUCCAUAACUCAGAAAGCAUUGUGUAGCAUGGAUCUAUGGAAAGUGUAUAACAGCAUUAAAGAUAACGAAAUUUUGACUUUAACUAAUGAUAGUCUUAAUGUAAUGCAAACUUGGAUCAGCGCCUGCGUGUCUCUCACCGAGAACUAUUGGCCGAAUUACGCUCUGCAUCCUUGGAGCGGUAAAGGCUACGUGCCGCAGUUUUGUCUUAAUUUUCAGACACGGGUUAAAGAGAUCCAUGAUUUAAGAUCGAUUCAUAAUCAGUUGAACAAAUUGUUGUCGAAAAGUGAGAGAUCUGAAUUGAAAACUGAUCAUUUGUUUGAGGCAUUCGCUGACGUAAACGUUUGGGUGUGUAAUGGUCAAAACACCGCAUGGGAUAAUUCAGUGAUCAAAUUUUUUACCAAUCUUCGACCUUCAGAAGCAAAAAUAGCAGAGAAGUUGAGACCCAGGCUUCACAACACGUCCACUAAACAAAUGCUGUACGAGUUCAUACGCUACAAGUCCCUCAUAAACAGGCCAAUAGUAAAACAGGCUUUAAACAACGAACUGGAAAUCUUUGUGUCAUCAUUACUGGAGAUGUUGAAGAGCAUUCAGAUGCAGUUGGACUCGGACGAUGUUGACUUGAAGAUGUACCAGCCGCCCGAAAUGUCGCCCCUUGUGCAACAGAUACAGUGGUCUAAGCAGAUGGAGGCCAAAGUCAAAGAUAUUCAGAUGUGUAGCGAAGAUUAUCUCAAAGAAUUUCAAGGCAGUGUUGAAGUGUCUAAACUAGCUGGUCAAGUUUUAAAAGAUCUUAAAAACUCAUAUACACAGUUACAUGAAGAAUGGUCGAGAGAUAUACAGGCGCAAGUGAAGUCAGGUUCGCUUCAGCUGUCGGUGGACAAGCCAGUAGUAGAGUUUUCGGCGCAGAAUCGGCUAAUGGUGGUGAACUACAACCCGCGCCUGGUGUGGACGGAGCUGGAGGCGCGGGCGCUGCUCGCGCUGGGCCUGCCGGCGCCCCGCGCGGCGCAAGCCGUCGACGCGCUCGCCACUUCGCUCAGAUAUGCUCGGGACUUGCAGCAGGUCGCAUCAUUCCACAACACGCUAGGUGAGCGUAUGAUUCCGUCCACUCGACCCAUGAUGCUGCAAGCUGCUUUGGACUUGUCCGCCCUGGUGCAAGAUCAAAAGGCCGUCUAUUGGAACGACAUAGAACAACUUUCUAAUUAUACAGAAAAAUUGAAGAAGAUGGUCCUAAAACUGGAGACACAGAAUUCCUACCUGACGAGUCAACAUGUUGCAAUAAGGAGUAUUGUCGAAAAACUAAUGGAUACAGAGCUGCUAGUGAAACAAACUGAAUGGAAGAAAUGCAUCAAAGAAAUAAGAGAUAUAAUUGAAACUGUUGAAGCAAAUGGCUAUAAGAAUACGGAGCAAUGGAGAUCCCAUUGGGACUGGCAGUUGUACAAAGCGCUCGAGUGUCAAUAUAUAAAGGCACUGCUCUCGCUUCACACGCACUUUCCGCACGUCAGAAUUGACUUAGUGCUGCGAGGGCGCAUAGUGCGUUCCCAGCCGGCACUGGAGGACCUGCGAGUGCAGCACUACCACCAACUUCGCCGUCUUGUCUCGCUUCCUGCAACCUUUGUCGGACUGAGCAAUACUGUCACGACGAAUCAAUCGAUAUUUGCCUCAAUCGUUGAAAAGCACGGCUGGCUGGGCAACAAGGCGGUGCGCCAGCUGGAGGGUGCGCUGGGGCGCGUGCGCGACGCGUGCGGCGCCUGGACGCGGCGCCUGGCGCUGGCCUGCCUGCCCGCCGACCUGCCCGCCGACCUGCCCGCCGCCCCGCACGCUGACCUGCACGCGCUGUGCCUGCAACACCUCACCGAGCCGCACCACUGGGAGACCAACUUCAAGGCUUGCAAGGCGUACGGACAGGCCGUCGCCAAAAUGACCUUCGAGGACGAGAAGAUCGACUGGAUAUCAUUGGGUACUGUUGCACUACGGCGCGAGUUUGAAGCCCAAGCGCGCAAUCUUUGGGCCUGUUUAAUGUCGUCUCUGCAAGCGAGUUGUCUCAACGAUACUGCCGAACUGGACACCUUCAUAGCUAAUGCGAUGGUCAUGCUUGAGAACAAAGCGAUGCCAAAAAACGCUAAAGAAUUGGCAGAGAUCAGUGUGAAGCAAAAGGCUUUGCAAGAUAAAAUGCCAGAGAUGGAAAAAAUGGUAGAAAAUUUAAAACGUAAAGGUCAAAUGCUGCGCACUUGGGGCGGCGACACGUCCGUCGAUAACACGCUUAAAGAGUGGCAGAAAGUGCGCGAACAGAUGCUGAGCCAGCAUCAGAUAUUCCUACAUCAGGCUGAAGUAGUUAAAUCUAGUCUAAAAGGUGAAUGGGAAAACCUUGACGCGAGCGUGGAGGCGUGGCUGUCGCGUUGGGAGCAGGCGAAGCCUCGCCUGGAGAGUUCGCAAGGAGCGCACUACGCGGAGAUGGCGCAGCGCUGUCGAACUGUCUUUGAAGCGCAUGCGCAGUGGCUGAAAUACCUUGCCGAAAGAGACGAGCUCCAGAAAGAAUGCGAAAAAUUUAGUAUGGAUAUUAAAUUAUCUGAAAUGUGGAUAAAAGCCGAAAAAUUAAUAAAGGAUUAUAUUGACCAUUGGACAGUUUUGAAAGAAUACAGUGAUGAAUACGAAUUCAUAUCCGAGCAAGACUGGAUCGUAUUUCAAAAGAAGCUCCAUCUGUUGGACGAGUUCAUAAAUAAAUGGCGUGGGCAGUUAGAACCUUACACUACAAUAACAUUGUUCCUAAAACAGGAACUUGAAAAAUAUUCCGACCUUACAAUUGCAUUGAAGUACGUACGCGGCUCGGAUUUUACAGAGCGCCACUGGAGAGAAGUAUUUAGUCUUUUAAACGUCGAAUAUAAACCACCGGAUACAAUAAAGCUUAAAGACUUAUUACAAGCUGCAACCAAUAUCAAGAAACAAAUAAAAGCUCUACAGAAAAUCUGUGCAUUGGCUUCCAACGAGUCCGCCAUCAGGAGUGCACUCAAUGAACUGGAACUGUGGUACGCUGGAGCGCGCCUGACCAUCGUCUACCAUAACGAUAAGGCUAGGCGCCCUAUCCCCAUUGUUAAAGAUUUCAAAGAUAUUUUGAAUAAGAUCGAGGAGAAGCAAUGGGUGGUGUCGUCGGUGAGCGGGGGCAGCGACGCGUGCGCAGCGUGGGAGGCGCGCCUGCGCGCCGCGGCCGGCUUGCUGCGCGCCGCGCACCGCGCGCAGCGCAGGUACGUGCUCCUGCUCCUGCUCCUGCGCUGCUUGCACCAUAUUGUACUAUAUACACACUUCGACGGCCUGCCAAUGCGUUAA